UCAUUGCAUAAUCCUACCCGUUCAGUCUUUGUUCAACACGCAGCGUACGGAGAGGUGUUCCAAACACAUCACCAUACAGAUCACCAGGCUUCAACGCUUGAUCCUAACAUAUACACUAGACUAGAUAAAGUUUUCCAAGCACAACGCCUUACAGAAUACCAUAUCACAAAGGUUUAUCGUUACAUACAUACACUAAACUAGACUAAAAUGGCUUUCUCUACGGAUAAUGGCUAGGCCCAGACGGAAAGCCAGUAACAGCAAGCCUGAGCAGGAUAACACCAAAUAUGGCGCCACAGGGACGCCUUCAGAUGUACCCACUCGUAAAGACAUUCAGCCAGAGGAAGAUGGAACCACCCUAACGCAGCCUCACUCCGAACACGAUUUCCACCUGUCCGGAUCUGUAUCAUUUACCUUACCACAACAAUCUGACAUAGCAACAGGCGGCGACGUAGAUAGGACCGCAAAAGCCUUCAGCUCUGAGACCAAUGGGGACGAUAUCGCCACUGAUACUACUGACCAUGUACACACAGAGAAA